CUACUCAUCUGCUCCCCAGAGUGCUGCCUGCUGUGCACCUGGGUCCUUAAGCCCUUCUCUACCCGGAUAGUUUCCAGACUGUCUUCCUCGGCCCACCUGUGCCCCACCCCACUCUGCCCAGAAGUGCAAAGAGCCCAAGCCGCCUCCAUGGCCCCAGGAAGGAUUCAGGGGAGAGGCCCCAUACAGGGAGCCACUCCAGCCAGACACCCCAGCCAGAAUGGAGCUGACUGAAUUGCUCCUUGUGGUCAUGCUUCUCCUUACUGCAAGACUAACUCUGUCCAGCCCGGCUCCUCCUGCCUGUGACCCCCGACUCCUAAAUAAACUGCUUCGUGACUCCCACGUCCUUCACAGCAGACUGAGCCAGUGCCCAGACAUCAAUCCUUUGUCCACCCCUGUCCUGCUACCUGCUGUGGAUUUUAGCUUGGGAGAAUGGAAAACCCAGACGGAGCAGACCAAGGCACAGGACAUUCUGGGAGCAGUGACCCUUCUACUGGAGGGAGUGAUGGCAGCACGGGGACAGUUGGGUCCCACCUGCCUCUCAGCUCUCCUGGGACAGCUUUCUGGACAGGUCCGACUCCUCCUUGGUGCCCUGCAGGGCCUCCUUGGAACCCAGCUUCCUCCACAGGGCAGGACCACAGCUCACAAGGAUCCCAAUGCCAUCUUCCUGAGCUUCCAACAACUGCUCCGAGGAAAGGUGCGUUUUCUUCUGGUUGUAGGAGGACCUGCCCUCUGUGUCAGGCGGUCCCUGCCCACCACAGCUGUCCCAAGCAGUACUUCUCUAUUCCUCACACUGAACAAGCUCCCAAACAGGACUUCUGGAUUGUUGGAGGCGAACUUCAGUGUCUCAGCCAGAACUACUGGCUCUGGACUUCUGAGCAAGCUGCGGGGAUUCAGAGCCAAGAUUCCUGCUCUGCUGAAUCAAACCACCAGGUCCCCAGACCAAAUCACUGGAUACCUGAACAGGACACACAGACCUUUGAAUGGAACUCAUGGACUCUUUCCUGGAGCCUCACCGGGGACCCUAGAAGCCCCAGACAUUCCAUUAGGAACUUUGGGCACAGGCUCCCUGUCACACAACCUCCAGACUGGAUCUUCUUCUUCCCCAACCCAUCCUCCUACUGAUCAGUACACACUCUUCUCCCCUUUACCCACCUUGCCCACCCCCAUGGUCCAGUUCCACCCCCUGCCUCCUGACCCUUCUGCCAACCCUACUAACCCUCUUCUAACCAGAGCCCAUCCUAACUCUCCAAAUCUGUCUCAGGAAGGGUAAGGAAUGCUGACACUGACAACAUUUGCAGUGUCUCUCAUGUGCAGUUCCCUUCCCUGGAGAAGGAAGACAACUGCAGCUAUACCAGACAUCCUGUUUCCACCUGAAAGCCAAUACCCUGGUAAAGGUGAAUACACAGGAAAGAAAAAGGGACUGUUUUUUUUUCACUGUACAUUAUAAAACUUCAAAAGUUAUUUUUUUAAGCUAUCAACAAUAUUCAUCAGAGCAGCUAGUUAUCUUUGGUCUAUUUUCUGC